AUGAUUAUCAAUCUUCUGGGUUGCGGAGCUACUUCCAUGACACUCCAAACCUGCGUUUCAUCUUCAUCAUUCUCACAUUUCCCAGUACCGACUAGUUGUUGUGAUUCUUCCACUCUCCAGAGAAAUAAUCCCUUUUGCAUAAGUAAUUUUUAUCAGUUUGUUCACCAGAAUAAGAAUUUGGGAUCAUGCAGCAACAAUUCCUUCUUGAAUUCAGUUUCACGGAAUUUCAAAUGCCCACCUCUUCAUUGCAGAGCUUCUGCUGCCCAGGUUGAAUCUGCACAAUUGGCGGGCUCGUCGAGUAACGUGGGGCUUGAAAAUAUUACCUGGCCUUCUCCCAAUGAUAAAAUCCCGUUUUGGAGAAGGCCAUUUCCAUCAUGGGACAUUGCGUCAGAUGGUUCUACUAAUGCUGAGAAGGACGCUGACGUUCUUCACAUUGUUCAUGCGACAGCUGAAAUGGCCCCAAUUGCAAAAGUUGGAGGUCUUGGCGAUGUUGUCACCGGCCUUGCUCGUGCGUGCUUGGCACGUGGUCAUAAAGUGGAUGUCAUGCUUCCUUUUUAUGAGUGUAUUCAGAGGCAUGAUAUCAAUGAUUUAGAGUUGAUCAGCACUUAUGAUUCAUAUUUCAAUGGAGACUGGAUACGGACUAAUGCAUACAAAGGAGUAGUUUCAGGCAUCCCAGUGAUUUUAAUUGAGCCAUCAAAUAACUUCUUCAAGGGACAGAGUGUAUAUGGUGGCUCUUACAAUGAGCUUGAGGCAUAUUUAUUCUUCAGCCGCGCGUGUCUUGAAUGGAUGCAGGUAACUGGAACUCAACCUGACAUUAUUCACGUCCAUGAAUGGCAGAUUGGUUCUUUACCUCUUCUUUACUGGGAUAUGUACCAUCAACUCUCGCUCCAGAAACCGAGAAUAGUUUUGACAAUUCAUAACAUGGAGCACUAUGGAGAAUGCAGCCAAGAGCAACUAAGCAAGUGCGGUCUUGAUGGAUCUGUUUAUGCAACUGAAGACAAGGCUGUUGAUGAUCGUACGAUUGGGCAUAAUCCUGAGAGACUAAGCUUGUUGAAAGGAGGCAUUGUCUAUAGUAAUGCAGUCGUUACAGUCUCUCCAACAUACUUAAAGGAAACAAUAUGUUCUGGAUGGCUUGCGAGUACCUUAAUACGGAACCGUGAAAAGUACUCUGGCAUUUUAAAUGGCAUAGACACUGCAAUGUGGAACCCUGCUGCUGAUGUUUUUUUGCCCGCUAAAUUUGAUGCUGAUAAAAUAGAAGGGAAGAGGAUAUGUAAACAAUUUGUGCAAAGAGGACUUGGAUUGGGUCUAGAAGGGACUGAUUUUGGUCAUGGCCAAGUGCCUUUGGUUAUUUGUAUUACUCGAUUGGUGGCUCAAAAGGGCCUUCACUUAAUUACACAUGCCAUCCAGCAGGUUGAAAAACUUGGUGGACAGAUGAUUGUACUUGGAAGAGCCCCAGAUGGUAGGGUAGAAAGAGAGUUUGAAGGUCUUGCAAAUGUGCACAACAAAGGUUCUAGCAUUAGGAUUCUUUUGAUGUACAGUGAGGAGCUGUCACACAUGCUAUAUGCUGCUGCAGACAUGGUGUUGGUCCCUUCAAUGUAUGAACCGUGUGGAUUGGCUCAGAUGAUUGGAAUGCGCUAUGGAGCGGUACCUGUAGUCAGGAAAACUGGCGGUCUUGCAGAUACAGUCUUCGACAUAGAUGAUAAAUCGCAGCCUGAGAUGGCAAACGGGUUUGUCUUUGAAGGAAUCGAUCAAGGGUCAUUGGACUCGGCUCUUAAUCGUGCAUUUUCUUACUACCGUGAAAAACAAGAUGAAUGGAAGGCUACUGUACAGAAGGUAAUGCGGGUGGAUAAUAGCUGGAAUAAGACAGCAGGGAAGUACAUUGACGUGUACAACUCGGUCCGAGUCAAAUGGUAG